AGUAAUUUUAUUCCAUUUUGAAAUCUAUUCCAGUAUUUGAAUCUAAAUUCAACCACGUAUUAAUUAGAGAUGACUAUCUCGAUCUAAAUUGCUCAUUUCAAAGCAACCUCGUACUAACUCCAAAUUUCGGCCCUAUCAUUUGCUUUCUCUCCACCUCAUGCACCCACCACGUGUCCAAAAUCCAAACCCCUUUAUAUCCCUUAAAUACACGAUUGAAGAUCAUCAAUUUUACCAAAAACAAAAGAAGAAAAAAAAAAGGUGGAUGGAUACAAGAAGUAAAAGCAUGAGAGUUGUAAUGUUCCCAUGGCUUGCCCAUGGCCACAUCUCACCAUUCUUAGAGCUCGCCAAAUCCUUAGCAAAACGAAACUUCGUCACCUACAUUUGUUCCUCCCAAAUCAACCUCGACUUCAUCAAAGCAGACCUCUCUCCCAAGGACUCCAUCUCCAUCAAGCUCGUGGAGCUCCACAUCGCCGCCACCCCGGAGCUCCCGCCACCGCUCCACACUACCAACGGCCUCCCGCCCCACCUCAUGGCGCCCCUCAAGCGGGCCCUCGACCAGGCCCGGCCCUCCUUCUCCACCCUCCUCACCACCCUCAAGCCCGACCUCCUCCUCUACGACUUCCUCCAGCCCUGGGCCCCCGAGGCCGCCCCCAACAUCCCGGCGGUUCUCUUCUACCCCGCCGGCGCCGCCGCCUUUUCUCUCCUUGCGCACCACUGGUUCGGAAAUCCAUCCGAUCACUACCCCUUCCCGGCGAUAUACUUCCGGGAGAACGAGCACUCGCUGUUCGACCGCUUGGUCAAUUCCGCCGGCACCGACACCGCCGAUCACCUUAGGGUGCAGGAUUGCAUCCGGCGAUCGUCGGAGAUUGUAUUAAUCAAGACGUUUCGAGAGAUCGAAGGCAAAUACGUACAUCUUUUGUCAGAAUUGACGCGGAAGAAAUUCGUGCCGGUGGGCCCUCUGGUCCAAGAGAUAGGGCAAACUGCGGAGAAGAAAGAGAAUGAAGAGAUGAUCAUGGAGUGGCUAGAUCGGAGAGAUCGGCGCUCGACGGUGUUCGCCUCAUUUGGAAGCGAGUAUUUCUUGUCGGAGAGCGAGGUUGAGGAGAUAGCUCACGGGCUGGAAAUGAGCGGGGUUAGCUUCUUGUGGGUGGUUAGGUUUCCGGCGGGGGAGAGGCGCACGGUGGGGGAGAAGCUGCCGGAGGGGUUUCUGGAGAGGGUCGGGGAGAGGGGGAUGGUGGUGGAGGGGUGGGCGCCGCAGCGGCGGAUACUGUCGCGGCCGAGCGUAGGGGGGUUCAUGAGCCACUGCGGGUGGAGCUCGGUGAUGGAAGGGGCGUAUUGCGGCGUGCCGAUUAUAGCGGUGCCGAUGCAUUUGGACCAACCGCUGAACGCGAGGCUGGUGGAGGAGGUGGGGAUCGGGGAGGAGGUGGUGAGGUUGGAGAGGGAGGAGGUGGCGAGGGUGGUGAGGAAGGUGGUGGUGGAGAGGAGUGGGGAGGGGGUGCGGCGGAGGGCGGCGGAGAUGGGAGAGAGGAUGAGGGAGAAAGGGGAGGCGGAGGUGGAUGGGGUGGUGGAGGAGGUGGUGAGGUUGUGUAGGAAAGACAGAUUUAAUCUCGACUCCGAGAAUUCGAUGGAGAGGUUGGACGUUAUGGCCGAGGAGAAUACACAAAGAAUGUUGAGUGAAAAUACAUGACAUGAUAUAUAGUUCAUUUGUAAUAGUUUGAUGAAUGAUGACGAUUCGAAUAAAACUCCCAUUUCUUUUUA